AUGAACAAAAUAACGGUGAUAGACGGCGAUACUGUCAUGCAACUAUAUCGCAAUUUGAACUCGGACCUAAGAUUGUCUCCAAACAUGGACAUAAAAGCCUUCAAAUAUAAUCGGUUCGCCGUGUACAAGACUCAUCUCGAUUUUCUGCGUGCCGGCGCCAGGAUAAUCAAAACCAACACAAGCCGAGUAACUACAAGUUCCAUACAGGAACACUUGGGGAUCAUCGGGCCCGAGGCUACGUCCUUCUUUGCAACCGCCGUGGAGCUGGCUCAGAAGGCCGUGUUCAAAUAUUACGAGGAAACGGGCGGCGAUACUUCGAAUGUCGAGGAAUUCAAGAGAAACGGGCCUCAGGUGGCCGGCUGUUGCAGUGGCUACGCCACGUCGAAUUUGCAGAACAAGAAUGAGGAUUACUGGAAUUACGUGUCGUCAGACUGCGUAAAGAGAUGGCAUCGGUUGCGCAUACAAGCGUUAAUUAACGCCGGUGUCGACCUGUUGGCUCUGGAUGACGUGUCCUGCCAGAUGGAAGCGGAAGUGUUCAUGGACCUGCUGCGGCAGUUUCGGACCGCUCGCGCCUGGAUAACGUUCUUGUGCAAGAGCGAUACCGAACUAUUGGACGGGAGUGAUUUUGUGAAAGUAGCUACGCGCUUUUAUCACUCCCUGCCCGGGCAAAUCAUUGCGAUCGGCUUUUGUUGCAGCGAUCUCGACCAGGGAUUAUUGUUGUUGGAAAAUAUUUAUGCGCAGACACUCAACAAUCCUAUUCCCCUCCUAGUAGAUAUUGCCUAUUUUAACGACGACAGCAGUCUGGUUGUAGACACGAGUGAAGCUCUGGAGUACUACGUGCAACGAUGGAUGAGCUACGGAGUGUCCUACAUCAGCGGUAAUUAUUCAGUAUGUGCGGAUGACACAAAGAUUAUUUCCAAUAUAGUGAAGACGUUACAACAUUCUGGGGCCAGCUCCGCCACGACACGCUCCUCCCGAAGUGAGGAGAAUAAAUCGAAGCUAUCUUAG